AUGAGGUUCUCUCUGCCUUUGCUGGGUCUUGCGACUCAGGUCCCCCUGCAAUCUCCUCUACGAUCAGCUACGCAGCAACCUAUGCAACAACCUCCCGCUUUAAACGAUGUUUACAACUUCAAUAGUCCUCCUGACUUUGCAUUCAAGGAGGCUGCGGAUAUCAUGUCCCCCAAGGACAUGAUUGAACUGCAGCGCCCAGGACAGGGUGUCGCCAACCUCGCAGGAGAGCUAGUUUUGGUGCCGACGAGCAAAUACUCGUUCUCGGAGAAGAAAAACAAGAAAUCUGUUGUGAUAUCACCUUUGGAAUCAGUGGUAGAGCCCUUGGAGAUCCCUUUGCCUGACGGUGGCGAAGUGUUUUGGCUCGACCCCCGUACUAUUGCCCAUGCAGUCCCGGUGGAAAGCGAGAAGAAGAUCAAUAUUUACGCCAUACCUUUGGAAUUCAAGCACAAGGCAGACGAUUUUGCUGGGGUUCUCAGAACCGAGUCAGCUCCUAUCUUGCUCGGAUCUAUCCCAACCACAAGCGCGUCCAACUUCCGAUAUACGCUCGUACCAGGAAUCUUGGUGUUUUCGGACUAUGUUUACGCUAAUGGGAAUCUCUCCGAUUCGAGGCGGUUGGAUGAGGCUUGGGAAAAUCGUGGGACGUCUGCCCUUGUCUACGACGCGACCUUCGAACGUCACUGGGAUACCUGGGUUACUCCCAAGAAGCUUUCAUUGUUCAGCGUCCGCCUUUUCAAAGAUCCAGAUCACAAGUGGAACUUUGAUGGGACCUUCAUCAACCUACUCAAGGGUACCAGCCACAGCUCCCCUGUUGAGCCGUUUGGUGGCACGGACGACUUUGACAUAUCUCAUAGCCAUCUCGUUUACACCACCAAAGACCCCGAAUUGCCCGAAGCCUGGCACACCAAGCAGAAUGUUUAUGUCGUUGACCUGCAAAACCAGCAUCAACGUAAGGAACUGACUUCAGGCCAACAAGGCGCGAUUCAUAGUCCUGUCUUCAACUUGGAAGGCAACAAAGUUGCAUGGCUAGAGUUGGACAAAGAUGGAUAUGAAUCCGAUCGAGCGAAGAUAGUGAUUUAUGACCUCAACAAGGGGGUUAGGUUCACCGUCACCCAGGAUUGGGACCGCUCCCCUGACAAGCUUGCCUUCUCCAAAGAGGGAAACUUCCUUUACUUUACAGCCGGCGAUGAAGCCAAAGUCAAAGUAUACGUUCUCCCCGUGCCACCCACGCCGGGUGCCUCUACCACGCACCCUAAACUCGACAAGAAAUACACAACUCCCAUUCCGCUGACCCACUCCGCCGCUGCAAGUGGAUUGCAGACUCUCUUCACCGGGCGCCUCAUCUUUACUCGUUCCUCAUUCACCUCCCCCAACAACGUCUUCAUCAUCCGCGGUCUCAAGCGCUUCGAGACCGAGCUCGAGCAGAGCGACUCGUCCUUACAGUUCUCCGGCGUCGUCGAACAAGUUACUCGUUUCAAUGAAAACGAACUGCAGGGCAAAAACUUGAGCGAGGGUGAAGAGUUCUGGUUCACUGGUGCGGAGGAUAAGAAAGUACAGGGAUGGGUAUUGAAACCGAAAGGAUUCAAAGCAGGCGAAGAGAAGAAGUGGCCCGCUGUCUUGCUUAUUCACGGAGGACCGCAAGGCGCUUGGGAGGAUCAGUGGAGUACACGUUGGAAUCCAAAUGUCUUUGCUGCUCAGGGAUAUGUUACCGUUAUGAUCAAUCCUACGGGCAGUACGACCUUUGGCCAAGAAUUCACGGAUGCCAUUGCAGAAGAUUGGGGAGGCAAGCCAUUCGUCGACAUGCAGGCAGGCUGGAAAUACAUCCUCGAGCAGGUGCCCGAGAUUGACCCGGAACGCGCCGUUGCCGCAGGUGCUAGUUGGGGCGGGUAUGCGAUUAACUGGAUUCAAGGUCACCCCGAGUAUGGGUUCAACUUUAAAGCGCUCGUGUGCCACGACGGUGUCUUCGACGCAACAUACAAUGGCUAUUCCACUGAUGAACUUUUCUUCUUCAACCACGAAUGGGGUGGAAGACCAUGGGACAAGAAGACCAAGACCUUGGCUGAACUUAUGAGCCCAUCUAACUUCGUCCACCAGUGGUCAACGCCCCAGCUAAUCAUCCAUGGCAGCAAGGACUAUCGCUUGCCCGAGACGGAGGGAAUCGGCGCGUUCCACGCGUUACUACAACGUGAGGUGCCCACACGUUUAGUGAUCUUCCCCGAUGAGAACCACUGGGUUCUUAACCAUUUGAACAGCUUGAAAUGGCAUUACGAAGUCUUCAGGUGGUUCGAUAAGUUCGUAGGUGAAAAGGAGUAA